AUGGCCGCACAAAUGGCAGGACAGACGCCGGUGUUCGUUAUGAAUACGACGCCGGAGAGGCAGUCGGGGCGGAAGGCGCAGAUUUCGAAUAUUACUGCUGCCAAGACUGUUGCGGACGUGAUCAGGACAUGUUUGGGGCCGAAGUCGAUGCUGAAGAUGAUCCUCGACCCCAUGGGCGGCAUCCUGUUGACGAACGACGGCAACGCGAUCCUGCGCGAGAUCGACGUGGCGCACCCAGCGGCGAAGAACAUGAUCGAGCUGUCGCGGACGCAAGACGAGGAGUGCGGCGACGGCACGACGUCCGUGAUCGUGCUGGCGGGCGAGAUUCUGGCGCAGUCGCUCGCCCAGCUCGAGCGCGACAUCCACCCCGUCGUCAUCAUCUCCGCCUACAACAAGGCCCUCCAGACCGCGCUCGACAUCGUCCAGAGCAUCUCCGUCCCCAUCGACACGAACGACGACGCGCAGAUGCUCGCGCUCAUCAAGACGUCCAUCGGCACCAAGUUCGUGAUUAGGUGGUCGGACCUGAUGUGCAAGCUCGCGCUGCAAGCUGUCAGGACCGUCGCGUCCCAAGAAGCGGGCAUGCACACCGUCGACAUCAAGCGCUACGCGCGCGUCGAGAAGAUACCCGGCGGCGAGAUCGAGGACUCGCGCGUGCUGUCGGGCGUGAUGCUCAACAAGGACAUCACGCACCCGCAGAUGCGCCGCCGGAUCCACAACCCGCGCAUCGUGCUGCUCGACUGCCCGCUCGAGUACAAGAAGGGCGAGAGCCAGACGAACAUCGAGAUCAGCAAGGAGGUCGACUUCGCGCGGAUACAGCAGAUCGAGGAGCAGCAGGUGAAGGGGCUUGUGGAUGCGCUGUUAGAGUUUAAGCCGGAUCUGGUUAUCACCGAGAAGGGCGUGUCCGACUACGCGCAAUACUUCCUCGCCAAAGCCGGCGUCUCCGCCCUCCGCCGCGUGCGCAAAUCCGACAACAACCGCAUCGCGCGCGCGGUGGGCGCGACGAUCGUGAACCGCGUCGAGGACCUGCGCGAAGCCGACGUCGGCACCCAGUGCGGGCUCUUCAACAUCGAGAAGAUCGGCGACGAGUACUUCACGUUCCUCACCGAAUGCACCACGCCCAAGGCCUGCACCAUUCUCCUGCGCGGGCCGAGCAAGGACAUUUUGAACGAGAUCGACAGGAAUCUCGCGGACGCGAUGAGCGUGGCGCGGAAUGUGGUGUUUAACCCCAGCUUGGCGCCGGGGGGCGGGGCGACGGAGAUGGCGAUUAGCGUGGGGUUGCAGGGCAAGGCGAGGAGCGUUACGGGCGUGGAGGCGGGGCCGUAUAGGGCUGUUGCGGAUGCGCUGGAGGUUAUACCCCGGACGCUUAUUCAGAAUGCGGGCGGGAAUGUUAUGCGGACGCUCACGGAGCUCAGGGCCAAGCACGCGAACGGCGAGCACAGCUGGGGCGUGAACGGCGAGACGGGCAAGAUCGUGGAUAUGAAGACGUACGGGCUGUACGAGUCUGCGAGCGUGAAGAUCCAGACGCUCAAGACGGCCAUCGAGGCCGCCCGCGUCCUCCUCCGCGUCGACGACGUCGUACAAGCCACCCGCAAAGAGCGCGAGCAGGGCGGCGGCGGAGGCGGCGCGCCGCCCGAGGAGGCUAUGGAGGGUUGA